AUGGCCUCUCUCUCAAGCCUCUUCUCUUCUUUUCCUUCUUUGAAGCUUAAGCCUAACCCGAUCGCCGAACUCAAUCCUUCAGUUCUGAAGUACACACUCCCGUUUUCCACUCGUUCCAACUCCGGCUCUAAACUCUCCGUCGCUCCUGAGGUAUCUAUCGAUUUUUCCAAAACCAACGACGUCGCCAAACAAGGUGGACUCGAGAAAGAUCCUAAAGCUCUGUUGAAGAGAUACGUUGACUGGUUGUACCAGCAUAAGGAGCUCGGGUUGUACCUCGAUGUCAGUCGGAUUGGUUUAUCGAAUGAGUUCGUUUUUGAAAUAGAGCCCCAAUUACAAGCCGACUUUAAAGCCAUGGAUGGAUUGGAGAAAGGCGCCAUCGCCAAUCCCGAUGAAGUGCGGAUGGUGGGCCACUAUUGGCUGAGGAACGCUAAACUCGAGCCGAGUUCAUUUCUGCAAGUACAGAUCGACAACACUCUAGCAGCCAUUUCUAAUUUUGCUGAUGACAUCAUCAGCGGUAAGAUUAAGCCUCCUCCUUCGCCUGAGGGUCGUUUUACUCAGAUACUAUCAGUUGGGAUUGGAGGUUCUGCGCUGGGCCCGCAGUUUGUCGCCGAAGCACUAGCUCCUGAUAAUCCUCUUCUAAAGGUAUGCUAA